AUGCGUGCUGAAUGCAGCACGGGCAUCACUACUAUAUCAUUUGUUAGCGUUUUCACCCUUGCACUGGCUUCCGGCGAUCUUUGGACUGGAGGGAUGGAAACCACAGUAACGACUUUACGUUGGGGAAUCGCCUAUCUACUUUAUCAUCCAACGGUGCAGAAGAAAUGCUAUGAGGAAAUACUCAAAAUUUUCGGCGACGAACAGCCAUGUUAUUCACGCCGUAAACAACUUCCUUAUGUGGAAGCUACAAUAGCUGAACUCCAACGUGUAACAAACGUUUUGCCAUGGGCUAUUCCUCAUCGGACCAUGGAAGAUGUAGAAAUUAUGGGAUUCCAUCUGCCGAAAGGUACAGUCAUAUUACCACAGUAUGGAACUGUACAUUGCGAUACACAUUACUACCCGGAGCCUGAAAAAUUUAGGCCGGAAAGGUAA